UAUUAUUCUCCUUAAACUAGAUCUGGCCUUGGAAAUGAAUUCUAAAGCUUUUUUUCUUUUAUCCAUUUUAGCCUUUUUGACCUUCUCUCAACUUGCUUUAGUUUCAUGUAGAAAAGCCAAAACCAACCAUGGAAAUGACGGAUUCACUCUUGAUCUCAUCCACCGCGAUUCUCCCCUUUCUCCCUACUACAAUCCCUCCAUCACCCCCUCCCAACGACUCCGAAAUGCAUUUGACCGAUCUUUUUCCCGUGCAUCUUUCUUCAAGAAAACUAAUUCUAACCCUCCCACCACACCUGCCAAUCACGGUAUUCAAUCUGACAUCAUUUCAAUCCCCGGAGAAUUUAUGAAAAUUGCCAUCGGUAUGCCCCCUGUGGAAACGUUUGCUAUUGCUGACACUGGUAGUGACUUGACAUGGAUACAAUGCAAGCCUUGUACUCAAUGUUUUAAACAAACCGCACCCAUUUUUGAUUCUCGAAAAAGUUCAACUUACAAAACCGUUGGUUGUCACACGAAGGCUUGUGAGGCAGUGGAAAGUGUCCAUUGUGUUAGAAAAAAUGUUUGUGAAUAUAAGAUGAUCUAUGGUGACAAAUCUCAUAGUAUUGGUGAUGUUGCUUAUGAGACCUUCACUUUUAGAUCAACAACUAACAAAAAGGUCGAUAAAAUUUCAAUUCCAAAUGUUGUUUUUGGUUGUGGACAUAAAAAUGGUGGCUCUUUCGACAAUAGAACUUCAGGGAUCGUUGGAUUAAGCGGUUCAAAUAUUUCUAUUGUCAAACAACUUGAUGAACAAGUUAAUGGGAAAUUCUCUUAUUGUUUAAUCCCAAAUGAUUUAUUAUCUUCUUCUCCUUCCAAUGAUACAAGUCACAUUAGUUUUGGUGCUAAGGCAGUUGUAUCGGGGCCUAACGUUGUUACAACUCCCUUAAUUCGAAAGGAACCCGAUACGUACUAUUAUAUAAAUCUUGAAAGUGUUAGCGUUGGAGAAAAGAAGUUUGAAUUCAAGACUUCACAACUAAGCUCUUCUGCUGGGGGUCAAGAUUUGGGAAAUAUUAUAAUCGAUUCUGGUACAACAUUGACAUAUCUCCCUAAUGAUUUCUACCCGGCCUUGGAAUCCACGUUGGUAGAUUCCAUCAAAGGUUAUAAGAGAAAAGAUGAUCCGAUGGGGUUUUUUAAGCUAUGUUACGAGUCGAAAAGUGGUGUUGUCGAUGCUCCUAAGGUUGUGUUCCAUUUCACGGAUGCUGAUGUUGAGUUGUUACCUAAGAGUACAUUUGCAAAAGUUGAUGAAGGUUUGGUUUGUUUGACAAUUACUGGGUCUGAUAAUUUUGCUAUUUAUGGAAACUUGGCUCAGAUGAAUUUCCUUAUUGGAUAUGAUCUUGUGAAUAAGAAACUCUCUUUCUUGCCUACUGAUUGUACCCGGCAUUGAGUUAAGGGUUUACGUAGGAUUUUGAUUUUGAUUUGAUGUUUUGAAGCAAUUCUAUGUAAUUUGGCGCAUGUUAAUUAGUAUAGUUUUUUUUUUUUUUUCCGCUUUAAUCCUUGCUUGUGUUUUUUAUUUUAUUUUUAAGUUUCGCUUAUUAUUUAAAUAAAAAUAUU